AUGCCCAAGGACGUGACUAAGACCAAGCUGGCUAGUACCAGCAAAGGUCUCGCUGCACUACACAACUUCUCGACAGCCGAGCAGGAACGCCUUGAGAAGGCUCUGCGUGCUUCCGCAAAGACAAUCGCGCCAACCCCCAUCGGCAAAGAUCGCAAUGCACUGUACACCUCCCACAAGGAUCAGAUCUUCGCUCAGUUCGCCGGUCAAUGGGACUGGACCAAGACUACGCAGGAAGUGACCAUGAGCUCGAUUCGCAAGAUUCUCGCCAACUACCUGUUCGCCUACAACGAAAGCAACGGCGCAACCAAGGCGGCUUCCAAAGGCAGAAGGAGCAAGAAGACCGACGCGUUGAAGCCAGACUUGGGCCAAGCAAAGCAUAUCGUCCCCUUCCUCAAGCAAGAAGACAGUCCCCCCAGACCUGUCCCAGCGCGUCCCCGCGGGCUCGACAGUCCAUUCAGCUUCAAACCCAUCAAUCAGAAGCUCCCGUCACCCAGUGACCAACUCGUCGACAGAUUCUCCGAGUCGCCUUUCGACAGGCCAUUCGGCCAGCCUUCAAGAUCACCAAUGGAUUCAGUUCACCAGUCUGUUGAAAACAGUCUGAGUGGAUUCUACUCCAAGCCCAAGCUGAGUGAGAUUAUCGUCGUGAUCAAACCUAGCGCGUCUGAUCCCUGGAGCCGUACUCUGUUCUCGUUCCCACUGUGGCGGUGCCAGACUGCUGUAAACGGAAGAGAUGCGGCACCAGAGGCCCUCCAAGAUUUGCGCGACUUGUCAUUUGCGGACUUUCUGCGUCAGCUUAAGGGCGAGCAAGUACUCGGUCCUGAAGAGAUGGUCGUAUGGGGACAAUUCAACCAGCUCGUCACCAGUGACAUGACGUUUGCCAGUGCCGUUCAAGAGCAACUCCAAGACAAGGACUCGGCCGAGAACGAGGCCACGUUCAUGAUUGUCGGUAGUGAGUUGCAUGUUCCGCCGUCUUGA